AUGGCUCCAAAGGUUUGGCAACGCAACUUUGCUUCGGGACUUGGUCUUGAAAAGGCCUUGGACGCAACUCGAAGCUCUGCACCCCCAACUCCUAUUCAGAGCCCCCCAGGCGGAACUUUAGUCGACGCUGAUGUCGGCGCCGACGGCUUCGUCCUCUCCUCUUUCACAGCCGACGAUGCCGUCGAGCUCGGCAAUCUCCUCUACGCCCGCCUCCUCCCCUUUGCCCGGGAAGGUCGUGCCACACUCAUCUCCAUCAGCACAGGCGCCGGCUCUCAGACGCUGUACCAAGUCGCCACGGGCAGCGGCGUGACGCCCGACAACGAGAGCUGGGUGAAGCGCAAGACCGCGGCGGUGCUGCGGUUCGGCAAGAGCUCGUGGUAUCUGGGGCAAAAGUACGCGGGCAACGAGGCGGCGUUUGCGGCAAAGUUUUCGCUGGGGCCGAGCGAGGCUGGCGGGUAUGCGAUUCACGGAGGUGGCGUGCCGAUUCGGGUUGCCAACGUGGAGGGGAUUGUGGGAGUGGUUGUUGUGAGUGGGCUGAAGCAGCAUGAGGACCAUGGUGUGAUUGCCGAGGUGAUUCGGGAGAACUGGGUGUAG